UAGAGACUGUGAAAGCGACUAUACUCUCGACUCAGUCUCUCGACGUGAACUGAAGAUUGAUACAGGUGUUGAUCUGUGAACAUUUGCCAGCAAAAUAUGGUUUUCUACUUCACUAGCAAUGUGGUUUCAACGCCAUAUACAAUCUACAUGGGAUUUGACAAGUAUGAGAAUGAAGAGCUUAUUAAAUAUGGUUUCCCAGAAGAUAUCUGGUUUCACGUUGACAAGCUGUCAUCGGCUCAUGUGUAUCUGAGAUUAAAGAAAGGGCAAACGAUACAUGACAUACCUCCUCCUGUGGUGCAAGACUGCGCACAGCUGGUAAAGGCCAACAGUAUACAGGGUUGUAAAAUGAACAACAUCUCAGUUGUAUACACCCCAUGGGCAAACUUGAAGAAAACUGGAGAUAUGGAUGUUGGCCAGAUUGGCUUCUGGAAACAUAAAGAGGUGAUAACAGUAUCAGUAGAAAAGAAGAUUAAUGAGAUUGUGAACAGACUCAAUAAGACGAAGGAAGAGAGGAAGCCUGAUCUGAGACUAGAGAGGGAAGCUAGGGAUAGGGAGGAGAGAAAUGAAAACAAGAAGAAAAUGGCUGAUAAGAGGAAACAAGAAGAGGAGGAAAUAAAGAAGCAAAAGGCAGAAAAGGAACUAAGGUUUGUAAGAUGGUAACAUGACAUCUGCUCCGGCGACAAUUGCUCUGCUUCCAGACACUGAUCAGAUCUCUUAACUUCAACUUUAUAACAAUAUACUCUACCUUAAACCCUAAACCUUACAUAAAAUUCUUUUGAAACCCUCAACCUAACCCUACAUCUUAGACAAAAUAAAGCCUGGAGCAAUUGUCGCAGGAACAUAUGUCAUGUUACCUGUAUAAGAGUUUCUUUAAGAAGAAUAAAAUCCUUGGAAGAAGUCAGCUUGUAUGAAACCAGCAAAAUCAAAGAAUAAGAUUAAUUAAAUUUUAAGAACAAUAAGACAAACAAUAAGGAAGUUAUGAGCAUUUGAUUGUCAUGGUCACUUAUGCUAUGGAAAUUUCCAAUAGGCAAAUGAUCAUGAUUAAAACUCUCCCGUUAAUACAAUUAAACUACCAUAAAACAUUUUUUCUCAUUCUUAUGAUAAACUUUUGUCCAUGGUAUAUUUUAUUUAUACCUUUUGCAUGCUUUUAUGCUUUUAUAUGAAAAGAACACAUAAACUAAGAAUUGACCUCAUAAAAGUGAAAAUUUUAGUAAUAUAUGCACUAAAAUAAUUAAGGAAUUGUGCUUGUUUGACAUUUCACAUCUUUGUCGCAUUGCCAGUUGGAGGACGUGAUCUUUACAUUCAAAUGCUCUUAACUUUCUGUGAUAUUAUUCAGUCAAUUUUGCUCAAACUUUUUUGGAUUAGUUUCUUUGAAUUUUCUGUUUUCACACAAGGGUUACAUUCUUUUAAAAAGAUUAGGAAUGAAUACCCCCUCUCUUCAUAAAGAGGGAUGGAGGUUAAAAAAAUGUUAAAAACAUCAAAAUUAGUCAUUUUUUUUUGUUUUGAAUAAUAUUUUAUUU